AGAUAAAGCAAAAGGAGAAAAAGAGAGUUGGUACAAAUACCAACAAAAAAAUAGACAGACUGAUAAAGAACCUGCUCCUUUUCCUCAUGUUCUUCACUUUAUUAUUAUUAGUAUUUUUUUUUAGUUUUUGACUGAAAAAAGAAAAGCAUUUUUAGUCUUUUUAUGUUAAAUAAAUUCAUGGGUUUGCUUAAUAUAUAUGUUGUGUUCACUUUCUUGGAUCAUUAUCUUCAAUGGUUUUCAUAUUCUUGGUUUUUCAUACACAUUUUUUUAGCUUUUUCUUGAGUGAAAAAAGAUGCCAUUUUUAUUUUUUUUGGUGAAGUAAAAUGGUUAAUAUGUUCAUGGGGUUUGCUUAAUUUAUUUGUUGGAUCAUUCCAUUUGUGUUUCUUGUUUUUUUGUUUUUUUGUUGUUGUCAUCAAUGGCUUGCAUUUUCUUGGUUUUUCUGUCUUUGUUUCUGUUUUGUCCUACUUUUUGUUUGUCAUAUGAAGCUAGGAAUCCUGAAGUGGAAGCUUUGAUAGGUAUAAGGAGAAGUUUGGAUGAUCCAAAAGGAGCUUUAAGUAAUUGGGAUGAAGAUUCUGUUGAUCCUUGUAGUUGGGCUAUGAUUACUUGUUCUUCUGAAAAUCUUGUUACUGCACUAGGAGCUCCGAGUCAAGGUUUAUCUGGGGUUUUGUCUGGGAUGAUAUCAAAUCUAACAAACCUUAAACAAGUUUUAUUGCAAAACAACAACAUUUCUGGGCAUAUUCCAAGAGAGCUAGGAAAGCUUCCCAAUCUUGAAACGUUGGAUCUGUCGAAUAACCAUUUCUCUGGUCAUGUACCCGAAUUUUUGGGUCAGUUGAGCAGUCUUCAAUAUCUGAGGUUGAACAACAACAGCUUGUCUGGUGCUAUUCCUAUUUCUUUAGCAAGGGUCCCUCACCUUGCUUUCUUGGACUUGUCGUUCAAUAAUCUGAGUGGACCUAUUCUGAAAUUUCCUACCAGAACUUUCAAUGUCGUGGGUAACCCUUUGAUAUGUGGAAAUCACUCCGCUGAGACUUGCUUUGGAUCGGUGAAUCCGAUGCCCCUUUCUUUCGACAUUGAUUCCACUGGUAAGCGCAGCUCGAAAAGACUAGCCAUUGCAAUGGGACUUAGUAUCAGCUUCAUCUCUCUUUUCGUCUUAGGAUUCGGUUUCAUAUUUUGGAAGAGGAACCAAAACCGGAAACAGUCUAUUCUGAACAUUAAUGAUAUGCAAGAAGAGGAUCUAGUUAGACUAGGAAAUCUCAGAAGCUUCACAUUUAAAGAACUUCAACGUGCGACGAACAAUUUCAGCUCCAAGAACAUUCUUGGUGCCGGAGGAUUUGGCAAUGUUUACCGUGGAAAGUUGGGGGAUGGCUCGUUGGUCGCGGUGAAACGAUUGAAAGAUAUUAGUGGAACUGCUGGAGAAUCACAGUUUCGGACGGAAUUGGAGCUAAUUAGCUUGGCAGUACAUAGAAAUCUUCUCAGGUUAAUUGGUUACUGCGCUACCCCGAACGAAAGACUUCUCGUGUAUCCUUACAUGUCUAAUGGCAGUGUGGCUUCAAGACUUAGAGGAAAACCGGCACUAGAUUGGAAUACUAGGAAGAGGAUUGCAAUUGGAGCUGCAAGAGGUCUACUUUAUCUCCACGAGCAAUGUGAUCCGAAGAUAAUCCACAGAGAUGUGAAGGCGGCAAACGUCUUAUUAGAUGACUAUUGUGAAGCUGUUGUCGGGGAUUUCGGCCUUGCAAAGCUCCUCGAUCACGCUGACUCUCAUGUUACCACAGCUGUUCGUGGAACAGUCGGCCACAUUGCGCCUGAGUACCUUUCCACCGGUCAAUCAUCCGAGAAAACGGAUGUGUUUGGAUUUGGUAUCCUCUUGUUAGAGCUUAUAACCGGGAUGAGAGCUCUCGAAUUGGGAAAAACAGUAAACCAGAAAGGAGCAGUACUUGAAUGGGUUAAGAAAAUGCAGCAGGAGAAGAACGUUGAAGCGCUCAUCGACAGAGAGCUUGGAAGCAACUACGACAGGAUCGACGUAGGGGAGAUGCUACAAGUAGCCAUACUCUGCACUCAAUACCUACCGGCUCAUCGUCCCAAGAUGUCCGAGGUGGUUCGGAUGCUCGAAGGUGACGGCUUAGCCGAAAAAUGGGCUGCAUCACACAACUAUGACAAUGGCUCAAACACAACUAACAACAUAAGUAAAACAACUCAUACUAAACAUUCUAUGGUCCCUUUUGAUUAUGAUGACAAUGAUCAUGAUCAUGAUCAUUUGACCAUGUAUGGUAUGAUGGAUGAUGACUAUGAUACACAUGCCAUGGAGCUUUCAGGGCCAAGAUAAUAGCAAAAUAUCCAAAAUGAAAAAAAAAUAUAUAUAUAUAUAGAACAAAAAUAGAUGUUUAAUUCUUUUCAAAAUUUUUAAAAGAAAGUUAUUUUUAGUUUGUUGGGUUUUUAAAGAUGGUAUGAAAAUAGGAGUUUGCUAUGUUUGAUAAGUACAAAAAUACUACAAUGUAAAUUAUUCUUGUUAAUCAAAAGUAUUAAUCUUUAUGAGUAA